AUGCUAGUUAGACAACUCACAGCUUUCCUCAGCCUGAUGACUGGGGUUUGGUCCAUCCCCCCAACAUCCAAGAUGUCAGCUCCAGUACUCAGGCCCUUGCCUUCCAAGGUUUUCCAAGGAUCCAGUAUUUACUUCCCAUCUCCAGGGGUGGGCUCUGGAGAUGGACCAGAGAUGCUGGUGGAAAAUGCCCAGACCUCCCCCUCACCCACCACCAUCUCUCAAAGCUGGAAGACCUUUCAGGGCCUGAAAGUGGGAGGCGAAUCAUGGGAGCCACUUCAUCCUGGCAAACGGGAGCUUCAAGAUGCUUCAAGACUGAGCCCCCAGGUAGGGAGGCCACAGGAAGAGGAAGAGAUGCCUGCUGUAUCCCUUCCCCUUAGUCCCAAGGAUGUGGUUCGGGAAACGUGCAAGGCUGUGCCCUUCACCCAGGUGGUCUCCCGGCCUGGCUGUACCUCCGUCCGCCUCCAAAACAAGUUUUGCUUUGGCCGCUGCAGCUCCUUCUACAUACCCAGCGCAGGCCUCACCAGGCGCCACCUCUGUAACAGCUGCCUGCCCUCCCGACAUCGCCGAGUGCCCGUGGUCCUUUGGUGCCAGGCAGUUGGCAAACCCACCUCCCGAAGGCGGCUGAAGGUGUCCACCUCACUAGUGGAGGCCUGUCAGUGCCACACACAUGUGUGA